AAUUCACUGAGCAACAAAAGAUCAGGCUCGAAAAUUCCAGCUCCGGUUUGUACAGGCUUUGCUUUGUUGUCCCUUUGCCUCUGUUUGUUCUCUUCUAAUGCUGUGUUAACAGUUAUCUCUCACCCUCUCACACUUUCUCUCUUUCUCUCUGUGUCUUUCUUUCAGGCUCUCUCGCUCUCUUUUUUUUUUUCAUGCAGCCCAUGAAAGGCAUUUUUGCCCCAAACGAAGCACCGUUACCCCAACUGCUCGGAGGCAGGCGAACUCCAGAGGCCAGAACUCACGAGGGACUUCCCUCAUCAACUCCCAAAUCUCUCUCUCACACACACACACACACACACACACACACACACACACACAUACUGUACACUGCAGGAGGCUGUUGGACAGCCACAAUGAAGCCCAGACCUUCAGUGGAGUGGACCAUUGUCACCCUCUCCAUCUAUGGGAAACUUGCCGUGGCCCUCGUUGCUGAGCCUGGACCGGAGCUUUUGGCUGGAUUUUUCUGUUGACCUCAAGAUAGAUAUAGAGCUUAAGCUGUAGGAUGAUGAUUGAGCUGCACAGCACUGAGGAUGGCGGAGGCGGUGGUGGCCACGUGGAUAUACUGAGCACCGAGGAGCUGGAGUGUAAGAUUUGCUACUGUGCGUACAACCUGGGGAGACGCAGGCCCAAGGUGCUGGAGUGCGGCCACCGUCUGUGCGCCAAGUGCCUCAUAAAGAUCCUGGACCUGGGUGAGUCGCCUCCCAACGCCGUUGUGUGCCCGUUCUGCCGCUACGUCACCAGACUGCUGGGGCCGGCGGUGAGCAGCCUGCCAGAUGACUGCAACCUGGUGGCGGCGCUGGCCUUCCAAAGCAGGAACCAGAGAAACCUCCACUUCCACCAGGAAGCGACCACGGAGCUGCUCCUCAGCCCCAGAGGCCUGAGCUCGCUAUUGGGUAGCAGCCCGCCUGUCACAUCCCCUUCCUCCUCUUCAUCUGCUUCUUCUUCCUCCAACCCCUACUCCUCCAUCCGGGGCUCCCCUAACUUUGUGCUCAUCACCAUCAUGGAGCCUCCGCCGAGGCCUGCAUCCUCCCCAGAUCUCCGUCACCAUGACACGCUACACGGAUCCCACACAUCGAACCAGAGCUUCCGCUCGUCCAGUCCGGACUCCAUGGCGUCCAUCACGCAGAGGUGGACGGUGUGGAACUGUGCGUCCCUCCUGUGCCAGACAUCGGCCCGGGCGUUGGUGUGGGUGCUGGGCCUGCUGUACUUCAGCUCGCUGCCCAUGGGCGUCUACCUGCUCAUCAUGCAGAGGACAACGCUCGGCAUGCUGCUGGUGAGCCUGGUUCCCGUCAGCCUCGUCCUGAUCAUGGUCUACGGCUUCUGCCAGUGCAUCUGCCAUGAGCUGUGGGACUGCAUGCCACCCUAAUGGGACCAGGAGAUGAAUGGGCAAUGGUUUGCUUUGAAUAUGCUUGACAAUGGAGCUCCAGAAUUCACUAAUGGGGGACGUUACUGUGUAACUGACCAUGUAGACACUUCAAUAGCAGAAAUAAUGCUCCUUUUCUUUACUGAAGGAGAGAGCAAGAACAUUAUGUACAUUACAAAUGGAACUUUUCAUUAUUAUACAUGUUGAUUUGUGCUUUGUUUAGCUUGGUAGCAAACUAAUUACCUGAUAGAGCUCAAAGUGCCAGAUUUAGUUCAAACUUUAAUGCCAAUUAUGGUGGAAUUAAAAUAAAA